UGGUAUGAAGGGAGGUCUCAUCUUGUGGAGAGGUAUAAAAGAGGGCAUAUGCAGCCAUCUUUUCUCUCACAACAAUAUCUCUCUCUCUCUCUCUCUCUCUCUCUCUCUCUCUCUCUCUCUCUCUCUCUCUCUCUCUCUCUCUCUCUUCAAUAUAAAGAUUCUUGAAGCUAGAGUGACAGGGCUGUGACCAAACAUGGAUAAGGCUCUUAGCCUUGAAGGGAUCAAGAAUGAGACUGUUGAUUUGGAAAAAGUUCCGAUCGAGGAAGUGUUCGAGCAGUUGAAAUGCAACCGCGAGGGUUUGAGUUCCGACGAAGGAGCCAACAGGCUCGAACUCUUUGGACCCAACAAAUUGGAAGAGAAGAAGGAAAGCAAAGUACUGAAGUUUCUAGGUUUUAUGUGGAAUCCUCUGUCAUGGGUCAUGGAAGCUGCAGCUAUAAUGGCAAUUGCCCUAGCCAACGGAGGGGGAAAGCCACCGGAUUGGCAAGAUUUUGUCGGUAUAGUUUGUUUGUUGGUCAUCAACUCCACCAUCAGUUUCAUCGAAGAAAACAAUGCCGGAAAUGCCGCCGCCGCCCUUAUGGCUGGCCUUGCUCCUAAAACUAAGGUGCUCAGAGAUGGAAAAUGGAGUGAGCAAGAAGCUGCAAUUUUGGUCCCUGGAGACAUUAUAAGCAUCAAACUCGGUGACAUCAUCCCAGCUGAUGCUCGUCUUCUAGAAGGAGAUCCUUUAAAGGUGGAUCAGUCCGCCCUCACUGGAGAGUCACUUCCGGUGACAAAACACCCCUACAACGAGGUCUUCUCCGGUUCGACUUGCAAGCAAGGUGAGAUAGAAGCUGUGGUCAUCGCAACUGGGGUCCACACUUUCUUCGGUAAGGCAGCACAUCUCGUGGACAGCACUAACCAGGUCGGACACUUCCAGAAAGUUCUAACCGCAAUCGGAAACUUCUGCAUCUGCUCCAUAGCAGUCGGUAUGCUGGCCGAGAUUAUUGUGAUGUACCCUAUUCAGCGAAGGAAGUACAGGCAAGGGAUUGAUAAUCUCCUUGUACUGUUGAUCGGAGGGAUUCCAAUUGCCAUGCCUACUGUGUUAUCUGUCACUAUGGCGAUUGGGUCCCACAGGCUGUCUCAGCAAGGGGCCAUCACUAAGAGAAUGACUGCCAUUGAGGAAAUGGCUGGCAUGGAUGUCUUGUGCAGUGAUAAAACGGGCACUCUCACGCUGAAUAAGCUGUCGGUUGAUAAGAGUUUGAUUGAGGUCUUUGCGAGUGGUGUUGACUCGGAACAUGUGCUGCUUCUUGCUGCGAGGGCUUCGAGAGUUGAAAAUCAAGAUGCGAUUGAUGGUGCCAUUGUUGGUACACUUUCUGAUCCAAAGGAGGCAAGAGCUGGUCUAAGAGAGGUGCAUUUCUUGCCAUUUAAUCCUGUGGAUAAGAGGACUGCUUUGACUUACGUUGAUUCCGAUGGGAAGUGGCACCGAGCUAGCAAGGGUGCCCCUGAACAGAUCUUGACCCUCUGCAACUGCAAAGAAGACUUAAAGAAAAAGGUUCAUGCUGUGAUUGAUAAAUUUGCUGAGCGUGGGCUGCGAUCAUUGGCUGUUGCUAGACAGGAAGUUCCGGAGAAAUCCAAGGAAAGCCCUGGUUCUCCAUGGCAAUUUGUUGGGCUCUUGUCACUCUUUGAUCCUCCUAGACAUGACAGUGCAGAGACCAUCCGCAGGGCACUCAAUCUUGGCGUCAAUGUCAAAAUGAUCACCGGCGAUCAACUUGCCAUUGCUAAGGAAACCGGGCGUAGGCUCGGGAUGGGAGUAAACAUGUACCCUUCCGCCUCUUUACUUGGGCAGCACAAAGACGAAUCCAUAGCUGGCCUUCCUGUUGAAGAAUUGAUUGAGAAGGCAGACGGUUUUGCUGGAGUCUUUCCAGAGCACAAAUAUGAAAUAGUGAAGAAGUUGCAAGAGAGUAAGCACAUUGUUGGAAUGACUGGAGAUGGUGUGAAUGAUGCCCCUGCACUAAAGAAGGCUGAUAUUGGUAUUGCCGUUGCUGAUGCUACAGAUGCCGCAAGAGGUGCCUCUGAUAUUGUGCUCACUGAACCUGGGCUUAGUGUUAUCAUUAGUGCAGUCUUGACGAGUAGAGCUAUUUUCCAGAGAAUGAAGAAUUACACCAUAUAUGCAGUCUCCAUCACCAUUCGUAUUGUGUUUGGUUUCAUGUUUAUUGCUUUGAUCUGGAAGUUCGAUUUCUCUCCCUUCAUGGUUUUGAUCAUUGCAAUUCUGAAUGACGGUACUAUUAUGACCAUUUCUAAGGAUAGAGUGAAGCCAUCUCCCUUGCCUGAUAGCUGGAAGUUGAAUGAAAUUUUUGCCACUGGUGUAGCACUUGGAAGUUAUCUUGCACUAAUGACCGUUAUAUUCUUCUGGCUGAUGCAUAAAACUGACUUCUUUCCGGAAAAAUUUGGAGUUAGAAACAUUAGAGACAGUGAGGAGGAAAUGAUGGCUGCUCUAUACUUGCAAGUGAGUAUUGUUAGCCAGGCCCUUAUCUUCGUGACCAGGUCUCGUAGUUGGUCAUACGUCGAACGCCCUGGAGCCCUGCUAAUGAUUGCCUUUUGCAUUGCACAACUGAUUGCAACUCUUAUUGCUGUCUAUGCUAACUGGGGAUUUGCAAGAAUCAGUGGAUGUGGAUGGGGAUGGGCCGGCGUAAUCUGGUUAUACAGCCUCGUUUUCUACGUGCCACUUGAUCUAAUGAAGUUCGCCACUCGUUACAUCUUAAGUGGAAAGGCGUGGCAGAAUUUGUAUGACAACAAGAUUGCUUUUACCGCAAAGAACGAUUACGGAAAAGAGGAGAGAGAAGCUCAGUGGGCUCUUGCUCAGAGGACCUUACAUGGGCUCCAAACAUCAGAAGCAAGUAACGUCUUCCAUGACAAGAGCAGUUACAGAGAACUCUCUGAAAUUGCAGAACAGGCAAAGAGAAGAGCUGAAAUUGCAAGGCUGCGUGAGCUGCAUACACUAAAGGGUCACGUUGAGUCAGUUAUGAAACUCAAGGGCCUUGACAUUGAAACGAUCCCGCAGCAUUACACCGUUUGAUUGAAGCGAAUCGAAUCGAAUCCCAAAAAACGAACUUGUCGUAAAAACAUGAUGUGUAGAUUGCAGAAACAAUAAUGGCUUACUUAUCUAGAUAAAAUACAGCAUUACACCAUGUAACUUUCUUGUUUUUUUUUUUUUUUUUCUUUUUUUCUUUUCUGAUGUAUCUAAUUUAUCUCCAAGUGUAAUGGUUUCUGUAUAAUAUAUAAUGCACAACAAUAUUGAUAAUUUUAAUUUCAUUUGGAAAAAUAUAGAACUUCG